AAAAUAAAAUGGGUAAGGCUCAAAGUAAAAGAUCAGUUGACAUCACAACCGAAACUAAAAAAGGUGCCGAGGAUGAGAUCACCGAAAAAAUGGAAAAAAUCGAAGAUUUGGAUAAGAAAGAUGUGAAUGGAGAUGCUAAUAUAUCAGAAAAGAGCGAUCCAGAGAAAAAGGAUACCGAAGAGGUGGAAAAUGAUAAAGAUAUGACAACUGAGAAAGAUGUUGAUGUACAGGCUAGCGGCGAUUCAGCGGAUCUUCAAAAUGCUGCCGAAACUUCGAAAGAAGAAGGCGGUUCAGCUACUGCCGAAGAAAUCUCUCCACUUGCCGAUGACAGUAUUAAAAAAUCGAAAAAGGAAAAAGUUAAAAAGAAAUGGUCUUUUCGCAGUAUUUCUUUUGGCAAAAAGGAUAAACAAAAACCUGCUAAGAACGACGAUGCUGCAGAAGACGUUAGUGCUGCUACAAAUGGAGCAGAUGCUGAUGAAAAAACUAUAACCGAGCCUGAAGAUUCACAAAAGGACAAAUCUGCAAACGAGAACGAAGAAAAGACUGCUGAGAACCAUGAAAAUGGAAACGCUACUCCGCAAGAAUUAAAUGGAGUAGAACAGAAUGAAGAAGAGAAGAGCUCUGAAGAGAAAUCUAAUGAUAAUACUGCCAAUUCGACUAAUAAUACUACCACCACUGAAACAUGUGAACCAGUACAAAGCGAAACUGCCGAUGAAUCAUCCGAAUUAUCUGAAAAGACUGAGAAUACAGCUACUGCAACAACCAUUAUUAAUGAGAUUAAAUUAUCGGCAAAUGUCACCGUUGAUGACACGUCAAAAAAUGGUAAUGGAAUCGAUGAUGAAAAUGAGAAUGCGACAGAGCAAGAACCACAAAAAACAGAUGUCACAAAUGCAUCCGUUGAAGCACCUUCAGAAAAGACAAGCACUGUAGCUAGUGUUGUGACAAAUGAUUCGUCAGCAUCAACUAAUGGUGAUGUGGUUGAGAAAAUUCAUCAGAACGGCGAUCAUGGUGAAUCCGAGCAAGAAGUUGUUGAAAAAUCCAAGGCACAAAUUGAGGUAAACUCCAACACUGAUAACAAAGUUUCUGCUGCUACCCUAGAUUAUAUUUCCUCUACCUCCAUAAAUCCUUCUAAUGUCCAAAUCCAUGUCCAAGAUUUGAAUGCAUCUAGCGAAAUGCCUGAUGAAACCAUUCAAAUCAGUAAAGAUGAAUCCAGUAUUCAAAAAUCCACUGAUAUUGGCGUAGAAAGUCAUACUGCUGCUCAACAUUCACUUAGUGAAGAUGCUGCUGUCAGUAUGAUGGAAGAUAAUGUGCAAAUCGAUGCAGUUGUCUCGGAUUUAACAUCAGAGACGACGAUCGAUACUGAGAAGUCAUCUGAGGAUAAAAUUGGUGAUGAACCAUCUCCUCCCCCACUUCCAAUAUCUCCGCCUCCUUCACAAGUUUCGGUGUUUGCAUUUACAAAUAAUGAAUCUGUUGAAGAUUCAAUUCAAACGAAAAAUUCCGAACCUUCGAUUAAUAACCUAGUUGAGGAGGAAAAAGAAGAAAUUCAAGAAAUUCCUCCACCACCUACUCUACUACCAAGUGAGCUUAACAAGACAGAAAGUCUUAACAGUCUAGAAACAAACACAAUACACGAUGAGGAAACAACUCCCAAUACUCAUAACCAAACUGGUCAUGUUGAGGAGGUUAAUGAAAAAGUUGAAAUUGAAUGUGAUGAAAUCAAAGAACAAAAAGAAGCAAGUGUUUGCAAAGAUGACGUGGCUUCCACCGGUUUUUAUGAUGAAUUACAAAACGAAGAUGAGGAGGUGUCAAUUGCAGCUGCAGUGAUAGACGAAAUAACAGAAAAGGCUGCUGAAAUAGUCGGCGAACAACUGAAAUGCAAUAUAGAGCAAACAACGGAUGAACGGAUGUCUUUACAGAGUAAUGAAGAAAAUAGACAAGAAGAGGAAAAAAGCCACGACGAAAUAGUAAAAGAAAAUAUCGUUGUAGAAUUUGACAAAAAAGUGAAAACUAACACAGGCCAGCAUGAUGACAAAGAAUCUGAGUGCGAGGUAACGAAUUAUUCAAAAGAAUAUCCACUCGUCCUUGAACAAAGCAACAAUGAUACUACCGAAUGUUCCUCAGAUUUUUCUGCAUCCAAUUCAAUACAGCAAGACCAAGAUGAGAUGAUUUCCCUAAACAAGAGCGAUAACGUAGACGAAGAACUUUUAAAUCCAACUAAGGAAUUUGCUAAUGCUAAGGAUAUUAAGGAUAAUAUCACUGUGGCAGAAAUAACACAGGACCUUUCCGUAACAUGCGAAUAAUCCCACUCACAAUUAUAAUAUAUAUUAAAAUACAUUUUUAACAUUUACAUAUUUUAAUCAUUUUGUACAACUUCAUAUCCCUAAUCCAAGAUUAUAUGCAAAAUAAAGUAUACACAUAAUUUCUAAAAA